AUGCAUCUCCUCGGCCCCUCGUUCCUGCUCCUUGGUAAGGACUGUGGCCUAGGCUUGGGUUCUGGGAGUCUGUGGGAGCUAGAGGAGGAGGAAAGCUCUGGAGCAAAGAAAUACUUGGCCUUCUCUGACUCAUCUCAAUGGAAGUUUGAGCACCCCCACACCCUCUACACCUGGGAUGGGGCCUGCGUCUGGAUUCCCUGUGACUACAAAAUUCCAGGGAGUAGACAAAUGCUGGAAAAUCUGACCCUGUACCACAACUAUCACUAUGACGAGACCCGCAAGGACUUCAGUGGGACCAUCCUGUACGAUACCGCGAAGGCUGGGAAGACUCUGCCUCACUGGGAGAGGGUUCAAUUCCUGGGAGACAAAAAGUCCAACUGCACCAUACACAUCCACCCUGUGUCCGUCAAUGACAGUGGCUGGCUUGGGCUGAGAGUGACAACGAAGAAUGACAAAUGGAUGGAGAAAAUAGACCUCAACGUCUCUGAGACGCCUCUCUCACCUCACAUCCAGCUCCCUCCAGAAAUCCAGGAGUCCCAGGAAGUCACUCUGACCUGCUCGCUGAAUUUCUCCUGUCCUGGGUACCAGAUCCAGCUGAAGUGGUCCCUGGAGGAGCCUGCUGUCACCUCCACCCUCCUGACCACCAAGACUGUGUCCACACAGAGCAAGCUCACCUUCCAGCCGCAGUGGACUCACCACGGCAAGAAUCUUUCCUGCCAGCUCUGGGACCCCCGAGCAGAGCGGAUACUCUCCGAGGAAAGCGUGGGGCUGGAUGUGAAGCAUGCCCCAAAGUUGAAGAUUGAGGCCACCCCCAGAGAAGCCAUCGUAACAGAGGGAAAGUCUGUGACCAUGACGUGCCAGGUCCUCAGCAGCAACCCCGGCUACCAGAGUAUAGCCUGGCUGAAGGAUGGCACCCUGCUGAGGGAGGAGAGGACACUCACGCUGAUUCUGUCCACUGUGACCAAGGAGAUGAGUGGGAAGUACCAGUGUGAGGUCUCCAAUGAAAUAGGCCCAGGACAGUCGGAAGAAGUGGACCUUCAAGUAUAUUAUGCUCCGGAAUCUUCCAGGGUUGAGAUCCUCCCCUCACCAGCUAAGGAGGGAAAUAAAGUACAGAUGACUUGUGUGUCACCGGCCAAUCCUCCUCCAACAAAUUACACCUGGUAUCACGAUAAGAAAAAAGUACCCGGAAGGACAAGCAAGACCUUCCAGAUCCCAGCGGUCCUCCUCGGGCACGCUGGGUAUUAUUCCUGCUUGGCCGAAAACAGCCUUGGUACUGGACAAGUUGGCGGGGAAGCUGAGUUAGAUGUCCAGUAUCCUCCCAAGGAGGUAACCACAGUGAUUCAAAACCCCGCACCGAUUCGAGAAGGAGACAGUGUGACCCUGUCCUGUAACUACAAUUCCAGUAAUCCCGAAGUUACCCGAUACGAAUGGAACUUCCAAGGCUCCUGGAAAAAACCAUUACGCGAGGUGCUGAUAAUUGAGAAAGUUUCCUGGGACGCCAGACCAAUCUCCUGUGCAGCCUGCAACCAGUGGUGUUCGUGGGCUCCCUCUGUCAGCCUGGAUGUCCUGUAUGCCCCAAGAGAUGUCAGGGUCCAGCAGAUCAGCCCCCCUUCUGACAUUCACUCCGGGCACCGAGUCCUCCUUGGAUGUAACUUCUCAAGUAGCCGCCCCAGAGACGUCCGCUUCUUCUGGAAGAAAAAUGGAAUCUUUCUGAAGGAGGGAAGAGAACUGACCUUUGACGCCAUCUCUCCAGAAGACGCUGGCAAUUACAACUGCUUGGUCAACAACUCCGUAGGACAGACCAUGUCUGAGGCCAGGAUCCUCCAAGUGCUGUAUGCACCGAGGAGGCUGCGUGUGUCCAUCGGCCCAAAGGACCAAGUGAUGGAGGGGAAGAAGGCAGUCCUGACAUGUGAGGGCGACGCCAACCCUCCCAUCUUCCAGUAUAGCUGGUUUGACUGGAAAAACCAAAACCUCCAGCAUUAUGAUCAGAUGCUGAGAUUGGAUCCCGUGAAGGUCCAGCACUCAGGAGCCUAUCGGUGCCAGGCCAUCAACCGGCUGGGCAUGGGCCAGUCGACCCCCAGCACCCUCACUGUCUACUACAGCCCAGAGACCAUCGGCAGGCGAGUGGCCGUGGGAGUGGGGUUCUGCCUGGCCGCCCUCCUCCUGGCCUUCUGGGGAGUCAAGCUUCAGAAAAGCUGGAAGAAGAUACGGAGCCAGCAGGGGCUCCAGGAAAAUUCCAGUGGGCAGAGCUUCUUUGUGAGGAAUAAAAAGGUUCGAAGGGCCCCGCUCUCCGAAGACCCUCACUCCCUCGGGUGCUACAAUCCGGUGAUGGAAGAUGCCAUCAGUUACGCGACUUUGCGCUUUCCUGUCGGUGACGCCGACGCACCAAUAACCGGAGACGCAGGGACCCCAGAGACAGAGGGACCUUCCCCAAACAGGGACGACACGGUCACUUACUCCGUGGUGCAGAAGCAUCGAGUGCCUGUGUGGGUCCAGGGAGAGUCCCCAGACACGGUGUGGGCCACCAAAGUUUUUAUCUACGAGUGA